AUGGAAAACAUCACACUACCAACAGAGGCUGAUGAAUCUGGAAGUCUCCACUUUCAAGCCCCAAAGAAGGUCGAAGAUGCUCCUUUAAGAAAGCGUAAAGUUUGCUUUCACAGCCGAAUCCAGUGUAGGCGCUUUAACACACCACCUAUCAUGAACCCAGAUGAUAUCUGGUACUCCAAGCAAGAGCUUGCGAGCUUGCGGAAACAAAACAAGCAUCUCCAGAGCCUUGAGAUGGUGUCCGAGAUUACGUCGUUCGCUGGAAACGACGACACAGAAGAAAUCUCUUAUGUUGGCCUUAAUUCUGAAAUGGAACGCAGGCAACGAAUCAAUCGCAUCAAGGAAGCAAAGACAUGCGUCUUGGAUGAGCAACUGCAACAAGAAGAAGACUUCUUCAAAGAGUUCUAUACUACCUAUGGCUUCAAGCUGGAACACGAAUUCAUCGCGGAAUUUUAUUCGUUCCACUCCAUCAGAGCCGCCAAGGUCGCUCACAUGAAGGGACUGAAACUUUCUUUUCAUGUUGAGAGCUUGUCAGCACAGGAAUCCGCUAAUAUCGGCGGUAACCAUCGACCAUGCAGUCGACAUUCUUGCAGUCAACGCGCCAAGGCUACUUCUGAUCAUCGGCCCGGACAGAACCGUUCGAUCCGAUCUGCUGACAGCCUGACUGCCCGCUUGACGACACCAGCAGCGGCUUAA